AGUAUUAUGGUUCAGAAUUGGGUAGAUACAAUAAUAGAGGGAACAGGGAAUCUGGUCAUGAAUUUAGUCGGGCUCCAAAGAAACAAAUUCAGAAAAAGAGCGCACUUCUUAGAAUUCAAAUGGUAAAACCAAAUCACAAGAACCGUGAGAUUGAACAGUUACAAUAUACCAGCCAUGGUGAUGACACAAACUCUAAUUCCUUUAGAGGGAAAGAUCAAUUUGAGUAUUCAGGUUAUGGGGUCAAAGCAGAAGAGAGAGAAAGAAGUCCUGUUGAGCUUGAUAUUUCUUUUAAAUCAAAUUCUCUGGUGGCUAAGGCAAUUGUGGCACCUUCAAGUUCUGCAAUUUCUGAUGUCGAUAUCACCUCUGUUUCUGAUACAGAUUUUGUUCCUGCAGAAAAGGGAAAGAAUAGUCUGGUCUCUGAUAGUGAUUCUCCUGGUUUAAAACCUGCCAAACCAUCUAUGGCUGCUGUAAACUUAGGUGGGUCACCUUGCAAGGUGAAUUGCAUCCCUAGUUCAAGCAAGGAGUUUAACUUACAGAAGAAGGUCUCUGACAGUUGUUCUCGGCGUUGUGCCGGUGUACCUACUAAUUGUGAUGUGAAAAAUGAGGGGGCUCAAACCCCUAAGGGAAUUGUUUCUCAUGAAAUUACCAACUCUUGUUCUGUUAAAACACAUCCAAGGGUAGCCAAGAAGAAAAAAAUUGUAAAGAAAGUGGUGAAGAAAGUUGUUUCGAAUCCUAAAUUAAAUGUCUCAAAUUCUAUGUCAUCAAAUAUGCCUAACGGAACUGUGAAAGCUGAUAGUUUUAAUCCUUUAUCUACCUCUGGAUCUGACAAAACUGAAACUUCUUUAAAGGAGAAAAUCACUGCUGUCGACAAGGUGCCACAUAAUUUGCCUUCUCCAGAGGGAGGACAUCUGCUGCCUGAUAGUAGAAAGGGAGAUACACUUCUGCCUAGUACAGGGCCAAAUGCCAGUUCACGGGAGCAUGAGGCUGAUGAUAAGGCUGAUAUAGGGCAAGUGGAUAGAAUUGAGAGAAGUGAAAACAUUUCUAAUACUUCUUUGGGUGCUUUUAGCAUUAAAGAUGUAAAGAAUGAUUUUGAUUGUCCGAAGGCAGAUGAUUUUGUCCAUGGCUUGCGUGGUAGUCCAAAUAAUGACAAGGCUUCUGACGCUAACUCCCUAUCACCUCACCACUAUUCUAAUGUGCAAUAUUUAGAUAAUCAGUUUCAGGUAGAAGAUGACAAGAACAGCAGACUGUCAGCAUUGGCUGAGAGUGUAAUCAAUACAGAUGUUAUAAACACAUGUAAUUCUGCUGAUGUUAGUCUGGCUUGCUUGAGUUAUAAUGAUCUUACUGGUAAUGCACAAAAGAACAUUACAGGUUCUGAUUUUGAAAAUGAUGGCAAGGAAGAUUGCAAAACUAAAGCCCUUACUUUAUCUGAAAAUGUUAUUUUGGAAGAAAACCCAGAGACUUGCUCCCCCGUGCCAAGUGGUGGAAUGGAUAGUCAAAUGGAUAGUCUUUCAAGUUCUGUGGAAACUAGGAUUUCAGAUGGUCAAGAAUGCCCAAAACCUUCAAGAUUACCAAUUCAUGUUUCUGAUAACAGCCUCACUAAUUCAGAAGAGAAUAUCAUGACUCCCCAUAGUGUUAUUGUCAAAGAUUCUGGAAAGGAGGCAUCCCCUGUGGAUGUCACUGCAUCUCCUGGGAAUUGUACCACUGAACAGUCUCCAAAUGCUAAUUCUUUGGUUAGAUAUGCUGAAGGAGAUGCAAAUAUGUCUAAAAAAAGAAAAGUUGAGACACAUUUAAAUUUUUCAAGUUCAGAUUUCGGGGGCAUAUCUCCAGAGCCUAUGCAUACGGUUAGCCUUGCAAAUGUGCAUGCAACCUUAAGUUUGUCAAAAAAUUCAAGUGUGUCAGAAGUUUUAAAUCCAUAUGUUCAAAGCUCAGAUUUUUGCUUACAAUCCAGCACAGGUGGGGUUACUGUUUUACAUGGGAAAGGGGAGGUUUCAGAAACGGAAGUUUACUUUGGACAUAGUGGCAGUAACAGCGCAAAUAGGACUUCACCAAUGUUUAAAACUAGUAGUCACAUGAAUGUCACUUUAUUGCAAGCUGAACUUUGUGAUGCAAUUGUGGUUGCCACAUCUUGUGCAGAAGUUCCUAUUAGUAUUAGUGAUAACAACACGCACCAGAAAGAGGUCGAAUUUUCUAGCAUGGUUAAACCUUCUGCUUCUCUAUCCCUGCCUUAUCCUGAGAGUAGUGCUAAAUUGUACAAGAAUAGCUUGUUUGGAGAAUCUUUUGGGUCUAUGGAUGCAAAUACAAAUAUUACAAAAUUUGAAUGCUCCCAGUUGCAGCACCCAGCCAUCAACUGUCAUUUGCAUGAGGAUGUGGCUAUUCCAAACGAUCAGUUUCCAUUGUUGGAAAAUGAGCAGAAAGAAAAUUCUCUCCCUGUUGUGCCUGUGAACAACUUUCUAAAGAACAUUCUGGUUUCUGGAAAUACUGAGAGAGAGAAGAUUGAUAUAAAGGAUGUUGAAAAAUUUGAGUCCAGAGAAUUCGUUGAAAGAUCUCCGAGUGCUGAUAUGAAAUCCAUUGAUCCUCAAACAAAGGAUGAUUUACCUCUUGAACAUCAAUCUUUGUCCUGCCCAGCUGAUACUGAUGCUGUAACAAGCGACUGCAGUACAGUAUCAGAUAUACUUUCUCCGGGGACCAUGCUGGACAUACUUGACAGUAGGACUUCAGAUUGUCAAACAAUCCAAAAUGAAAGCAUUCAAGGGGAUGAAAAUGAUGCGGAUAGCACAUCUAAGGUUGAACAGGAUUGUGACUUAGCUGCUUGUACAUCAUAUUCACAGAACACUAUAGAGAAUAUAAAGUCAAGUCCUGCAGCCAGAAGUGAUAACUUGAUCACAAGGAAGAUGAUGCCUCAACCUUUGCAAGUUGAUUCCAGAGUUAUGACUCAAGGACUGAAUUCCUCCUGUGCAGAGCUAAAUUAUGGCAAAAAUCACUCGGGUCCUGCCAUUCCUACUACUUUCAAGGGUCGAUCCUACUUAAAUUUUCCCAAGUCAAAGACAUCUGCAUUUUCAACCCAGGUUUCAAAACUUCGAACUUGGCAUCGUACAGGUAAUAAUUCUGGUUCUCUACCAGGAAAUAAUCCUUUGGCAGGAUCUGUGCCUCCCAAAAGGUCAGUUUCAGAAAAGAAGGGGAACUUUCAAAAUACUUCUUACAUUCGUAAAGGUAACAGUCUUGUAAGGAAACAUACUUCUGUUUCUGCUUCACCACAAUGCACUGCUAAUCAGUCUUCUUCUUUGGGGUUUGAUGAGUCUCAUAAGAGCACUGGAUCUGAAAUUAUGGUUGAUAUCUCAAAUCACACCAAUCUCUUGAAAUCAGGAUGGACACCCGCUUCUCUGGAGAGGCAAAGAACGCCUCCUCUACCUGUUGACACUAAAUUACCUAAUCAUAUGGCAACAGCAUGUGAGGAGAAUAAAUCUUCCUCGUUAAUAGAACCCCUUUCCAAUGCUUUCCGUGAUAGUGCAUCUGAACCUAGAAACUUUACGGAGCCUUGUGAUGCUCCAAAUUCUGAUGAUGCGCUGAAGUCGGAUGAAACUGUUGAAAACCUAACUUUUCCAUCAAACAACGUGGAGAGCCAAGUUGAAGCACGUGAUGAGAAUGUGUCUUUGAAUUCAAAGAGAAUAGUCUAUGUAAAGCGCAAAUCAAAUCAGUUGGUUGCAACUUCAAAUUCUUGUGAACUUCCUGUUGCUACUGAUGACAAUGUCCAGAUGGCCUCUUCCGAUGGGUACUACAAGAGGAGCAACAAUCAGUUAGUUAGGACUACAUUUGAAAGUCAAAUCAACCAGACAGUUGCAAUGCCCACUGUAAACUCUGAUAGGCACAGGGCCCGUAAGGCUGGUUACAACAGGAGGUUUGGUAAGAGGCGGUCACUAAAGGUUGUUGGAAGUUCAUGCAAACCUUUGAGAGCCUCAUUGGUGUGGACACUCUGUGGUGCAAGUUCAUCCAAAAACGAUAAUGACUCUCAGCAUCAUCCGAAAGUUCUGCCUCAGUUUUUUCCAUGGAAAAGAGCAACAUACUUAAGGAGCUUCAUUUAUAAUCCUGCUUUGAGCUCCAAUACUAAUUCGUUAUCUGCAAUCAGCAAGAAAUUGGUUCUGUCGAGAAAGAGGAAUACUGUUUAUACUAGGUCAACCCAUGGAUUUUCCCUUCGGAAAUCCAAGGUGUUAGGCGUUGGCGGAUCUAGUCUAAAAUGGUCAAAAUCAAUUGAGAAGUCUUCAAAGAAAGUUAACGAGGAAGCCACACUUGCAGUUGCUGCUGUAGAGAAGAAAAGGAGGGAACAGAAAGAUGGUGCUUGUAUCAGCUCUCGGGCAAAGAGAGAACGUAUAUUUCGUAUUGGGUUGGUUCGUUACAGAAUGGACUCUUCGGGGAGGACACUUCAAAGGAUUUCAGCUGAUGAGCCCCUACCCUCUGCUUCUCUCCGUCCAGGUUUGCAUGUGAAAAGUUCAUACAUUCCAAGGAGAUUAGUGAUUGGAAAUGAUGAGUAUGUCCGAAUUGGCAAUGGCCAUAAGCUUAUCAGAGACCCAAAGAAGCGAACUCGUAUAUUGGCUAAUGAAAAAAUUAGGUGGAGUUUACACACAGCUAGACAACGGUUGGCUCGGAAGCAGAAGUAUUGUCAAUUCUUUACUAGAUUUGGGAAAUGUAACAAGGAUGACAGGAAGUGUCCCUAUAUUCAUGAUCCCUCUAAAAUUGCUGUCUGUACUAAGUUUCUGAAUGGUUUAUGCUCCACUCCCAACUGCAAAUUGACUCAUAAGGUUAUUCCCGAGAGAAUGCCUGAUUGCUCUUAUUUUUUGCAAGGUUUAUGCACAAAUAGAAAUUGCCCCUAUAGACAUGUUAAUGUGAACCCUAAGGCAUCCGUUUGUGAAGGAUUCCUCCGGGGAUAUUGUGCUGAUGGCAAUGAGUGUCGGAAGAAGCACACCUAUGUCUGCCCUACGUUUCAAGCAACAGGAAGCUGCACCCAAGGGAGCAAGUGCAAACUUCAUCACCCCCAAAAACAAGGAAAGGGAAAGAAAAGGAAGAGAUGCGUGGAUCAGAGGAACUGUAAAAGGCGAUAUUUUGGUUCUUUAUGGAUUGAUGUUUCUGAACCUGGGACGAUGGUUGUAGCUCCAAGGCAAGGGGAACAAAAUAAGGAUGGCCUUGAAGGAGAACUUGCUGACUAUAUCAGUCUAGAUGUCGAGGAUGAAGACGUUGCUGAACUUCCGGGACGAGCAAGGGAGCAAUCAACAUUGUGUGAUGGUGAACCUGGAGACAUAGUAUUGGAUGAUGAGGAUGAACUCAUUAAACCAGUUCUGAUAAUGAAAAAGGAUAUUAGGGCCAAGACAUCUCCUGUCUGACAGCCCCCGGCCAGACAAGUGGCAGGGGGACUAUUUGUGAAGCUAACGAUUUAUUAUUUGUUCUUAGUUUAUAUGCCUGGUUGAUUUUCAAUGCUCUCCACCCGGCACUUCUAUGUGUUUACACUGUACAGCAACAUGAAUAUUAUAUAAAUAACCUGCUUCAAUAUGACCAAUUCUGAGAUUUCUGUGAA